AUGUCAGCGGCAGACGCAGAAGAGGAAGGCACGACGUGCAGACGAGCCUCAUCCGCUUAUUGGCUUAUUAUGGAAAGCGCAAAAAGCGGAGGGCAAGAGCGAGGCAAACGAGGGGGAAAGCGAAAGUCCGCCAGAGCAGGCCAGGGCGGCGCUUCGCACGACAAGGUUGCGGCCAGCAGGCACCUCACGGGAGCAUCGUGGGAUGGACUGGUGAAAGGCGAAAAGGAUAUCCGACAGCCAGCUUCUGCUCCCCCAGAGUUCGUGUCUAUAUUGGAGCGGAGUGAUCAAACGAACAAAGGCAGCUCUCUUCUCCUUGGAGAACCACGCAUUCCCACCUCUAUUCCGUCCCUGCGGAUGGGAGAUCCCUCACGGAAUGUCACCCUGCUUGAGCCCUUUUGA